AUGGGGAAUCAGCCGAAAGCGGGGGUUGGACGCCUUGGCCUUCACGGGAUCUCGGACAUUGAGUCCCUCUUGGAAAGUCGAGUUUUGGGAAGCCAGCGAGCAAAUGAUGCCAGACGACCAUCAGCAGAGACACCUCGUCAGGGAUCAGAAGCGACGGCUAUCUUGUCCCAACGGAUAGGAGAAUCUGCGUCCGGACUGCUGAAAGAGUUUACACGACCUUCACCAAAAGCUGUCACUGGAGUCCUGUCUUCACUCAGAACCGACAGUGCCAAAGCCGGUUCGUCGUCUAGCUCAACAGACAUAGACCAAAGCGAAUCGUUCCGUUCGAAUGAAAAAGUCGGCAAAUUCGGAAGAGGUCAUGGUCAGGCUGCAUUCGGGCUAAACGGACUUGAGCAUGAAUCCGAGUUUGCACAGGAUGGGCCUGCGUGGAAUGUUGACCAGCAGUCGGCGUUCUCUUUGGGAAUAGGAGAGGAUCAUCUGCCGCGACUACAAGAGAAGGAGACCUGGAAAACGCAGGACGAGAACCAAGAUUUCACGCACGAAGACAAUGAUGGCAUUGCUGUCGUAGCUCUACUGUCUGACCCGGCAUUUACGAUGGACGAAGAGCCCAACAGCACCCUGGAUAUGGAGAAGGCCAGAGGGGAAGAGCAAAAGUUUGAGAGACUGCAAAGACGGAAAGGGCCAGCUAGAUUCGUCGAUGCUUUACGUUCAUCAAACCAUCUUGAUCUCGUGCCUGACUUUCGCGCUCCUUGGGAUUUGAGUAAUGCAUCUUUGGCAACUCAGAAAGGCAUACAUGAAAGAGGGCAUCUUCUGUUAUCAAAAUUAGGGGAUGUCCAGCCUUGGAUCGACAUAGAUAGGUACCACGAUGAAGUAUGGGGCGACAUGUUGCCUUUAGUACAUGAGGCUCGCGAGGAAUUGAAGGCAGCAAAUGAAAACCAGAGUUGUCUUCAAGACGGCCCUGCGAUUCGACGCUUGAAGAUGGUUCUGCAACACCUUGAUAAUCCCCAUAAUCGAUGA